AUAUCAUCAUAUGAAGGAAGCGUACACUGCCUCUGGUGGAGCCCCUCUGCUAUCAUCGCCGAGAAAUUGAGAGAGAAGAAGAAUUUGGGGAAGCCAUUUUCUUAUACAAACCCAAAUUAGGGUUUUGCUUUUUUAUCUCAUUUCGGUAUCAGAUCUGAUCAGUAAUUUUUCCCCAAUUUCUCACAGCAUUUUAGGAAUCGUAGAUCUCGAUUCGCCUUUUUAUUUCCAAUUUCUUAAUUCUGGUUUGCGCUUCGGAUCGUCAAAUGUGCGAGGUGUUUUAGAAGAAUCUUCUAUUUCUGCUGUUUUCGAUUUUGAAAAUCGGAGUUCGAUUGGGAUUGCAGAUUCUGAGGAGUUAAGAGAAUUCCAUUUAAAAAAAAAAAGAAAGUGUUUUCCUUUCAUGUCCUGCUUUGAAUUCAACUUUUUCCCCACCUUCGGUUGGUUGGUACAUAGAUCUUGAAAAGUUGGCUCCUCAAAGACGAUCACAGCGCCACAUGGGUGGCCAGAUGCAGCAGAGCAAUGCCGCUGCGGCCACGGCUCUGUACGAUCACACCGGCGGCGGCGGUGGCUCUCUGCACAAUGCAGGCCCUGCAAGUGAUGCCGGCGAUGCCGUCAUGGCUCGCUGGCUCCAGUCCGCUGGUUUGCAGCAUCUGGCUUCACCCUUGGCUUCUACUGGCAUUGAUAAUCGCCUCCUCCCCAACCUUCUCAUGCAGGGUUAUGGAGCACAAUCUGCUGAAGAGAAACAACGGCUUUUCAAAUUAAUGCGAAAUCUGAAUUUCAAUGGGGAAUCUGGUUCUGAGCCGUAUACACCUACAGCCCAAACUUCAAGUGGGGCAGCUGUAUCAGAUGGGUUUUAUUCUCCUGAGUUUAGAGGGGAUUUUGGAGCUGGUCUGUUGGACCUACAUGCUAUGGAUGACACAGAACUUUUAUCUGAGCAUGUUAUGUCAGAACCCUUUGAGCCAUCGCCAUUCAUGCCUGAUGGCACAAGAGCAUUUGACAACGAUUUGAAUGUGACAACUAGCAGGCAGCAAAGAGUGCAGCCAGAUAUAGAUACCUCUAUUCUGUUACCUGUAAAUGAAAAAGAGACCACGAAGGAAACUAAUGUUGCUAAGAUCAAAGUUGUGGUACGUAAAAGACCCUUAAACAAGAAGGAGCUUUCUCGGAAAGAGGAGGAUAUUGUAAGCGUAUAUGAUAAUGCUUAUUUGACUGUCCAUGAACCCAAACUAAAGGUGGACUUGACUGCGUAUGUGGAGAAGCAUGAGUUCUGUUUUGAUGCUGUUCUUGGUGAGCAUGUUACUAAUGAUGAGGUUUACCGGGUUACUGUGGAACCUAUUAUACCUACUAUUUUCGAGCGAACAAAAGCUACAUGUUUUGCUUAUGGUCAAACAGGCAGUGGUAAGACAUACACAAUGCAACCGUUACCUAUCAGAGCUGCAGAAGACCUUGUUAGAUUGUUGCAUCAACCAGUUUAUCGCAAUCAGAGAUUUAAAUUGUGGCUUAGCUACUUUGAGAUAUAUGGAGGAAAACUCUUUGAUCUUCUCAGUGAGCGAAAGAAACUUUGCAUGAGAGAAGAUGGACGACAACAAGUUUGCAUUGUUGGCUUGCAAGAAUUUGAGGUAUCAGAUGUGCAAAUUGUUAAAGAGUAUAUUGAAAGGGGUAAUGCAGCUAGAAGUACAGGGUCUACUGGUGCCAAUGAGGAGUCUUCCAGGUCACAUGCCAUCUUACAACUUGCUAUUAAAAAGCACAGUGAAGUAAAAGAAUCCAGGAGGAACAAUGAUGGAAAUGAUUCUAGAAGUGGAAAAGUUGUGGGGAAAAUCUCUUUCAUUGAUCUUGCUGGCAGUGAAAGAGGUGCUGACACCACUGAUAAUGACCGGCAAACGAGAAUUGAAGGAGCAGAAAUCAACAAGAGUCUUUUGGCUCUUAAAGAGUGCAUUCGUGCUUUGGACAAUGACCAAAUACAUAUACCAUUUCGUGGAAGUAAACUAACAGAAGUUCUUCGUGAUUCCUUUGUUGGGAAUUCAAGGACUGUCAUGAUUUCAUGUAUUUCACCAAAUGCGGGGUCAUGUGAACAUACACUCAAUACUCUGAGAUAUGCAGAUAGGGUAAAAAGUCUGUCGAAAAGUGGAAAUGCUAAAAAGGAACAAGCUGUAAAUAUAUUACCACCAACUAAUAAGGACGUUUCAUCUUCAUCAUCUCAACUGGUUUCUAGUGAUGGAGAUGAUGUUUAUGAGCAACGUCAAGAGGUGAAGGUAGCAGACAUGGGAAGAAGGGCUGUGGAAAAAGAAAACCUCUUAAACAACUCUAGUGCUGAUUUUGACAAGCAGGCUGGAAGUUUGUCAUCUACUUAUAUCCUCAAUGGGCGAGAGGAAAAAGGGAUGGCUUCUGGUUCCAUGGAUAGGGAGCGUGUUGAUAAAAUUUCAUAUGUUGAUGCUAAUAGUCAAAAGAUGCACUCUUAUUCUCAGAACACAGCUGAUUCAGAAAAAGUGCCAAAGGUGUCACCACCUCGUAGAAAAGUAGCUAGGGAUGAAAAAUCAGAAAAGUUGGGGGGCUGGCUGAAAAAAGAUAGUAGCGGAUCAGAUAUCUCCACUACAAGCAGUAAGCAACAUAAUGUGGGCAAUUAUAACACUACCUCUAUUGGAUCCAGACAACAUGAGAUUGAAACUCCUGAUAGUAAUAUCAAUGCAAUACUCGAGGAAGAAGAGGCCUUAAUUGCUGCUCAUAGAAAAGAGAUUGAGGAUACAAUGGAGAUUGUCAGGGAGGAGAUGAAACUGUUGGCAGAAGUGGACCAGCCUGGAAGUCUCAUUGACAAUUAUGUUACCCAGUUGAGCUUUGUGCUCUCUCGCAAGGCUGCUGGUCUGGUUAGUCUUCAAGCUCGCCUUGCAAGGUUUCAGCAUAGACUGAAAGAGCAGGAGAUACUAAGUCGGAAAAGAGUUCCUCGUUAAGGCCACACGUGUGUAUGUUAUUGCCUGAAAUAUUUGGGAGAGCGUGCGGGACUUUGAGGCUGCUUACAUCUAGGCUUCUGGCCUAAACAAUUGCAAUUGCGAAAAACGUCUGUUGUCAGUGAUCAUUGCAAUUCGUAUGUAUUGUUUAGACAAAGCCUCAUGUGUCAUUGCCAACGUCUUAUGGGUUGUGAACUAUGGCUAUCUUUUGAUGGUGACUGGGAAUUUGUUUCUACAUGUUUUUAGGAAAAGUGGAAAGGAAAAAGUAAGAAAAGGAAAAGGUGCAAUAGAUUUGUUUUUCAUUUUUAUUAACCUUGUCAAUUUCUUUGGCAUGGAAUGCUGCAUGAAGUUUGUUUGUUCAUUUGAUUGAUUUUACCAAGUCAAAGUCAACUGAAACAAUCUAAGACCAGUAAUUUUGCAAAGCA